UGCCAGUAACUGAAACUGGGUGAGCCUAGGGCAGCCCAGAGUCAUCUGUGGCUAAAAGUCUUAUUUUAAUUUUGGUUCUGGACCCAGUAAAUUACAGUCUAGGUUGGCAGCGUUUACUAUUUUCCAGAUGGUCAGUGUUGCCAAGUGAAGUGGACCGUCAUGGCACUUCUGUGAUCCAGCUGAUUCUGUGUUUAAUAGUACGUUCUCGGCAGAAAAAUGCCACUGAGCCGCAGAGGCCGAGAAUUUGCCUGAGGAGGAAAAACUCCGUCGCUCAGUCGUGUCCGACUCUUGGCAACCCCAUGAGCUGUAGCCCGCCAGGCUCCUCUGUCCGUGGGGUUCCCCAGGCCAGAAUACUGGAGUGGGCUGCCGUUUUCCUGGGGAGGAAGGGGCUGUCUUUCCCACUGAGUGUGGUCAGUGGAGGGGAGCAGGGCUCCCGCAGGGGCCAAGGGUGCAGGUCCAGCGAUGGGGGCCCCUGGGUCUCUGCCUCCCCACCGGAGGUCCGACUCCACUCACAGACCCCGGGGAGGCUGGUGAUUCAUGCCGAGGACUCUGAUGAGGUUCGCAGAGGACAGUGAACGCUCCCUGGGUGGAUGGAUGCCCCGUGCUGUGGUGUGUGGGUGCUGGAGACAGCGGGGCCACGCCACACACUCGCCACGAGAAGUCGGAGCGCCAGGGACGUGAGUAGGAGAUGCCGGUGUUCAGAAACGCCUCCUUACCCGUCAAACGAGAAGUGUUGGCUGUUAAAGCUGAAAACGGACCACGGAACAAGCAACUGCUUUGUCGUUGGAUCCCUGAAAAUGGUUGUUGGGGGAACCACCUCUGGAAAAGCUGAUCUGUGUGCCGGGGAGGAGGACUGGGUGGACAGCCGGACGGUCUAUGUGGGCCACCGGGAACCCCCGCCAGGCGCCGAGGCCUACAUCCCGCAGAGGUACCCGGACAACAGGAUCGUCUCCUCCAAGUACACAUUUUGGAACUUCAUACCCAAGAACUUAUUUGAACAAUUCAGAAGAAUAGCCAACUUUUAUUUUCUUAUCAUAUUUCUGGUCCAGCUGAUUAUCGAUACGCCCACGAGUCCGGUGACGAGCGGUCUCCCGCUGUUCUUCGUCAUCACGGUCACAGCCAUCAAGCAGGGCUACGAGGACUGGCUGCGCCACAAGGCGGACAACGCCAUGAACCAGUGCCCCGUGCACUUCGUGCAGCACGGCCGGCUGGUGCGGAAGCAGAGCCGGAAGCUCCGGGUCGGGGACAUCGUCAUGGUCAAGGAGGACGAGACCUUCCCCUGUGACCUGAUCUUCCUGUCCAGCAGCCGUGCGGAUGGGACCUGCCACGUGACCACCGCCAGCCUGGAUGGGGAGUCCAGCCACAAAACUCAUUAUGCGGUUCAGGACACAAAGGGGUUCCAUUCGGAGGAAGACAUCGACAGUCUCCACGCAACCAUCGAGUGUGAGCAGCCCCAGCCCGACCUCUACAAGUUCGUCGGCCGCAUAAAUGUUUACAACGAUCAGAAUGACCCCGUGGUGAGGCCAUUAGGAUCGGAAAACCUGCUUCUUAGAGGAGCCACGCUAAAGAACACUGAGAAAAUCUUCGGUGUCGCCAUUUACACGGGCAUGGAGACCAAGAUGGCGCUGAACUACCAAUCAAAGUCCCAGAAGCGCUCUGCUGUUGAGAAAUCGAUGAACAUGUUCCUCGUCGUGUACCUGUGCAUCCUCAUCAGCAAGGCGCUCAUCAACACCGUCCUCAAGUACGUGUGGCAGAGUGAGCCUUUCCGGGACGAGCCGUGGUACAACCAGAAGACGGAGGCCGAGAGACAGAGGAACCUGUUCCUCAGGGCCUUCACGGACUUCCUGGCCUUCAUGGUUCUCUUCAACUACAUCAUCCCCGUGUCCAUGUACGUCACCGUGGAGAUGCAGAAGUUCCUGGGCUCCUACUUCAUCACCUGGGACGAGGAGAUGUUUGACGAGGAGAUGGGGGAAGGGCCGCUGGUCAACACCUCGGACCUGAACGAGGAGCUGGGGCAGGUGGAGUACGUGUUCACGGACAAGACGGGCACCCUCACCGAGAACAACAUGGAGUUCAAGGAGUGCUGCGUGGAGGGCCACGUGUACGUGCCCCACGCCGUCUGCAACGGCCAGGUGCUCCCCGACGCCUCCGCCAUCGACAUGAUCGACGCCUCCCCGGGCACCAGUGGGCGGGAGCGGGAGGAGCUGUUUUUCCGGGCCCUCUGUCUGUGCCACACCAUCCAGGUGAAGGACGACGACGAGGUGGACGGACCCCGGAAGUCGCCGGACUCGGGGAAGCGCUCCGCGUACAUCUCGUCCUCGCCUGAUGAGGUGGCCCUAGUCGAGGGCAUCCAGAGGUUUGGCUUCACGUUCCUGAGGCUGAAGGACAAUUACAUGGAGAUGCUGAACCGGGACAAUGACGUCGAGAGGUUUGAGUUGCUGGAAAUUUUGAGUUUCGACUCAGUAAGAAGGCGAAUGAGUGUAAUUGUCAAGUCUGCUGCAGGAGAAAUUUACCUAUUUUGCAAAGGAGCAGAUUCUUCCAUAUUUCCCCGAGUGAUAGAAGGCAAAGUGGACCAGAUCCAAUCCAGAGUGGAGCGCAACGCGGUGGAGGGGCUCCGGACCCUGUGUGUGGCCUACAAGAGGCUCGUCCCGGAAGAGUACGAAGGCAUCUGCAAGCUGCUGCAGGCCGCCAAGGUGGCACUUCAGGACCGGGAUAAGAAAUUAGCCGAAGCCUACGAGCAAAUAGAAACAGGUCUGAUCCUGCUCGGCGCCACAGCCGUGGAGGACCGGCUCCAGGAGAAGGCAGCUGACACCAUCGAGGCGCUGCAGAAGGCAGGCAUCAAGGUGUGGGUGCUCACGGGCGACAAGAUGGAGACGGCGGCCGCCACCUGCUACGCCUGCAAGCUCUUCCGCAGGAACACGCAGCUGCUCGAGGUCACCACCAAGCGGCUGGAGGAGCAGAGCCUGCACGACGUGCUCUUCGAGCUGAGCAAGACAGUGCUACGCUGCAGCACCAGCCUCACCCGGGACAGCUUCUCGGGACUCUCCGCCGACAUGCAGGACUACGGUUUAAUCAUCGACGGAGCCGCGCUGUCCUUGAUCAUGAAGCCUCGGGAGGACGGGAGCUCCAGCAACUACCGCGAGUUGUUCCUGGACAUCUGCCGGAACUGCAGCGCCGUGCUCUGCUGCCGGAUGGCCCCGCUGCAGAAGGCCCAGAUUGUUAAGUUAAUCAAGUUGUCGAAAGAGCACCCUAUCACCUUGGCGAUCGGCGACGGCGCAAAUGAUGUCAGCAUGAUCCUGGAGGCCCACGUGGGCAUCGGCGUCAUUGGGAAGGAAGGUCGUCAGGCUGCAAGGAACAGUGACUACGCAAUACCCAAGUUUAAGCAUUUAAAGAAGAUGCUGCUUGUUCAUGGGCAUUUUUACUAUAUUCGAAUAUCCGAGCUUGUGCAAUACUUCUUUUAUAAGAAUGUCUGCUUCAUUUUCCCUCAGUUUUUAUACCAGUUCUUCUGUGGAUUUUCACAGCAGACUCUGUAUGACACUGCCUACCUGACGCUCUACAACAUCAGUUUCACCUCCCUCCCCAUCCUGCUCUACAGCCUGAUGGAGCAGCACGUCGCCACGGACAUGCUCAAGAGGGACCCUGCCCUCUACAGGGACAUCGCCAAGAACGCGCUCCUGCGCUGGCGCGUGUUCAUCUACUGGACGCUCUUAGGCUUGUUCGACGCGCUGGUAUUUUUCUUCGGUGCUUACUUCAUGUUUGAAAACACGACUGUGACCAGCAACGGGCAGGUGUUUGGAAACUGGACGUUCGGGACCCUGGUGUUCACAGCCAUGGUGUUCACAGUCACCCUGAAGCUGGCGCUGGACACCCACUACUGGACCUGGAUAAACCACUUUGUCAUCUGGGGGUCACUGCUGUUCUAUGUCGUCUUUUCCCUCCUCUGGGGAGGAAUCAUCUGGCCCUUCCUCAGUUAUCAAAGGAUGUACUACGUGUUCAUACAGAUGUUGUCCAGCGGCCCCGCCUGGCUGGCCAUCGUCCUGCUGGUCACCGUCAGCCUGCUGCCCGACGUCCUCAAGAAGGUGCUGUGCAGGCAGCUGUGGCCAAGCGCCACCGAACGAGUGCAGACCUCGCGCUCCGUGUCAGGACCACCUCUGGGGAGUUACCCACUUGCUUCUCUGUAGUCUCCAGCCCCAGGCAGCACCCUGGAAGGCAGGGAACGCGGGGCCCCUCCUGCUCCGUCUCUCCCACCCACGGCCCCAGGGGCGGCCACACUCAAGGGUCCAGCCGCGAAGGGCCGCGUGGCGUGUGCUGCUCUUGCGGCCGGAAGAGCAGGAAGACGGGACAGGCGUCCCCGAGUGGCGACCGGGAAGGACACGCACGAGCCCGCUACCCUCCCUGGCCCCGUGGCGAGGGGAGUCUCGGUCCGCUCCAGGCACGGCCACCACACCAGGACCUCCGGGGAGUAUGGCCAAGCCUCGCAGGCGGGGGUCCGGUCUGCUCCGUCCUCCCAAGCCCGACACCUCUGCUUUCAGAGCGGCCCCCCGCCCGGUCCACGGCUGCCGUCCAGACCUGCGCGUGGUGGCGCUGACCGCGGGGCGAGUCUGGCCCGACCCCGCCCCUCCGGGGGAGGUGCUGACCGCGUGCCCGGGGAGCCCCCCUCUGUCCCCCGCUGCCUCUAGGGGGGCCUGGCCCGGAAAGCACAGGCUCCGAGAGGUGCCCCUUCCCGCUCCGAGGGCGCAGGCGCGGUUUGCUGUUGUGGGAAGGGUGUUUCGGGGUUUGCGGGGACGCGUGUGGUCUGGGUGCCGGGGGCCGGCCUCUGCUGCGGUGCUCAGACCCCCACGGGGAGCGGCCUCUCUGGCGCGUGGGCCCCCAGAUCCGCGCCGGGCUCAGGGUCGCCGGGGCGGCCCGGGAAACCCAAGAGCAAUGCCGCCGCCCGCACGCCGCCCGCAGGCAGCUGCACGGUAAACCCUGUCGCUCUCCUGUAACGGAAUCUCCGUUUCUAGAAAUAACCCGUUCGACGUAGCCUUAAUGGUCCGUAAGGAAAACAUUUCAGUUUGAGGUUCAAACUUGAGAAGGUACAACAGACAGCGUUUUAGGGGAGGGUCACCCGGAAGCCAAGCGCUGCCCCCGCAGGCUGCCCUGUGGGCCGAGGCCCGUGCUGAGCCCGCCGGGUCCGCCCCCGCGUCGCCCGGACCGCGUGGUUCGCUGGGGCGGUGCUCACCUGUGAGAGCCUGAUUUGACCGAGGGGAGGAGCUGACCGCAGGGCAGGGUACCCAGGUGGCGCGGAGGAAGCAGGACGCAUACCAAAGAGUGGGGUGAGGGCCACGGGGGCGAGGCUGGGGUGGGGGCGUCCUCCCGAGGCCCCGCCCCCUCGCUGUUCCUCAGGCCCGCGGCCUGCGUGUGGCCCACACUAGACCCUGCAAGCAGCGGUGUGUGCGUUUUUACAGCCGUUUUUAAGAACCUAAAAUGGGUAUAAAUGUCAUACCUGUGGGGGGCAGAUUCUCUGUAUGUUUAGUUAACAAAUUCUUUGUAAUGUAUUUUUUUAGAGAUCUUAAAAUUGCCUUUGCACUGAAGUAUUUUCAUAGCUGUUUAUAUCUCUUUUAUUCCUUUAUUUGUUAACGUACCAUAUCUAAUUUUUAAAGUAUGUUUUUAAAGCUUUUAUUUUUUAAGUUGAAGACAUUUUGGCCACUUUACAUUUAAAUUCUGAUGAACGUUUUGGCUGAAUGUCUCAAUAUCUGAUGAAUGUGAAUUUUCAGAUUUGACUUUAUUCUCUGCACCUGUUUUGUUUUUGGUGUUUCUGGCAGUAGCGAGUAGUUACAAGGCAUAGAGUCUGAUCAUUUGCUCUGCUCUUUCUUCACCAUUCAUUGCAAUUUCAUCUGCUUUUUGUUUAGUUUUUAGUUUCUAGCCUUCAGCCUUAAAAUAGGAGCUUCUUGACGGUUCGCUGUCGCCUUUCUGCCUGUAUCCAGACGGUUAUCACUUACCUCGGAUAAUUCAAGUCUCCUUAGGACAGUUACUGACCAUUACACGCCCCAGUACGUCUUCUUAAAAUUGUUCGGGAAGUUCCUAAGUGCGCCUGAAAAUGUGAGAUGGACCAGGGGCAUGAGACCAGAGGCUGGAGAGGGACGGGGAACCAGGGAAGGGACAUUUCAGACAAGACAGUGCGGCUCCCACCUGGCGGUGGGCAGUGCUUACUCGCCUUAAACUGACCUUAGAGCAAGUAAUUUAAGCAUCUUCCUUAGUUUUGAAAAUCUUACAGCUGCACAAUAGCCACGUAUUAACAUUUCCCCCGUUGGUCCGGAUGUCUGGUUCCCGACCGCCACGUCACCCCCCAGAGCUAGCUGUCUGUGCGGCCACUCCACCGGAGGAGACCCGCCCUCGGGACCACCGCCAGCCCCUCCCAGCUGCAGCCACGUCCGGGCUGGGAGAAGAGACGCUCUCUCGGCCACUCCUGUUAGAACCCCAGUCAGCCCAUUCCCGUGCCCUUAACUCCACGGGCGGACAUAGACCAAACGACCCCCAGAGGCGCGGCCCGGAGAGGCUCGCUGGGGGCGGAGCUUCCGCAGCGACAGGUCGCAGCCGCCUAGUAGCCUUGUGAGACUUUGCAGCUUGAACUUACAGCAAUGCCUCGCACACAGUUUAACUAUUCUUAAAUUCAUGGGCAUCAACCAAAAGUUCAGGGCAACCUAAGGGAAGUUUCCAGCCUUUUUCUUUAAAACCACUAAGUUCAUCUGUUUUGCACUGAUUAUGAAUAACCUAAUGCAACCACUUCUGCUUAUCUUAAUUAAUGGUAUUUAUUUAACAACUCAGUGUAACAGCUUGGUAUGCACUUUCUUUUGGAAGUUUCCCAUUUCUAACUUUAAAAACAGGAAAAAUGUCAGCUGGCAAAUGCAUUCAUUCUGUUGUCAUUUUUUUUAAAUAAGUUAAAGGGUAGGUGAAUGGGGGUGAGAAUCGUUUUGAUGUCUAUAAACAAAGCUUUAAUGAAGAUGUGUCGGAGUAUUAUUAAAGUGUGAUUCUACUUUUGCAGAAAAAAUCUAAAGAUCAGUUUAUAUAGCUUUAUUUUUUACCUUAUCAAAAUAUACAGAAUUUUAAUAUGCAUAUAUUGUCUCUGACUUAAAAUUAUGUGCGUCUGCAUUGCUGUUUAAAAUGUUCAUUCAUUAUGUAAUGUGAUAAAAGAGAAUCUUCAAAAAUAUAUUUAACACAAAUGUAUCUAUAGGUAUUGUCAUCAUAAAUACUGAAAUUUAUUUUUAAAUUAUUGAAUAUAGUAGAUGUGUUUAAGAUAAUAAAUCAACCUCUGAACAGUAAUGUUUAAUUGAUAAUUUAUUAAUCUGCUUUGAAAAAUUAAAUGGUGAAUUAAACCAAAUCUUAAAUUUCUGUAAAAUUUAUUUUGUAUGCUACUGUUUUUAACUUUUAUUUCUGUAGAUAAAGUAUAUCUUCAUAAUAUUAAUUAUGAUUGGACUUUUCUGCAGAAUAUCUAGGCAGGAGACCUGAAUCUGCUUGCAAUAAAGAAGAAAAAGUU